GCGACUUCCGGGACAGAGGCGCAGGGGAGGAGAGGUGCCUGGAAGCAGGAGGAUUUCCGGCGCGAAGCGCAGCCGUCGCGCCAUCCCGGCGCGAUGGCGGCCCAACUACUUCACACGCGGUUGCCUGGGGAGGGCGCCGCUUCGGCUUCAGCGGUCACCACGCUCAGCGCGUCGCGGACUGGGAUUUCAGAUAUGAUUGCAUUAGAGAAUGAAUUCUUCAAUUCUCCCCCAAGAAAGACUGUUCGUUUUGGUGGAACUGUGACAGAAGUGUUGCUGAAAUACAAAAAGGGUGAAACAAACGAUUUUGAGUUGUUGAAGAACCAGCUGUCAGAUCCAAACAUAAAGGAUGACCAGAUUAUUAACUGGCUGCUGGAAUUCCGCUCCUCUAUCAUGUACUUGACAAAAGACUUUGAGCAGCUUAUCAAUAUUCUUUUGAAAUUGCCUUGGUUAAAUAGAAGUCAAACGGUGGUGGAGGAGUAUUUGGCUUUUCUUGGACAUCUUGUUUCAGCACAGACAGUCUUCCUCAGACCGUGUCUCAGAAUGAUCGCUUCUCAUUUUGUACCCCCCCGAGUGAUCAUUAAGGAGGGUGACAUAGAUGUUUCAGAUUCUGAUGAUGAAGAUGAUAAUCUUCCUGCAAAUUUUGAUACGUGUCACAGAGCCUUGCAAAUAAUAGCAAGAUAUGUUCCAUCGACACCAUGGUUUCUUAUGCCAAUACUGGUGGAAAAAUUUCCAUUUGUUAGAAAAUCAGAGAGAACAUUGGAGUGUUACGUUCAUAACUUACUAAGGAUAAGUGUGUAUUUUCCAACCUUGAGACAUGAAAUUCUGGAGCUUAUUAUUGAAAAGCUGCUCAAGUUGGAUGUGAAUGCAUCCCGGCAGGAUAUCGAAGAUGCUGAGGAAACAGCAGCUCAAACUGGCGGUGCCACAGAUUCCACAGAAGGAUUGUUUAAUAUGGAUGAAGAUGAAGAAACUCAACCUGAUACCAAGGUUGAUCCAGAGCGGCUUGGCCAGAUGGUCCAUCCUGUAGCUGAACGCCUGGACAUCCUGCUGUCCUUGCUAUUGUCCUACAUCAAGGACGUCUGCUAUGUGGACGGUAAGAUCGAUAACAACAAAACAAAGGAUUUGUAUCGCGAUCUUGUAACCAUCUUUGACAAACUCCUCCUGCCUACCCAUGCCUCCUGCCAUGUACAGUUUUUCAUGUUUUAUCUCUGUAGCUUCAAAUUGGGAUUUGCAGAAGCAUUUUUGGAACAUCUCUGGAAAAAAUUGCAGGAUCCAAAUAAUCCUGCCAUCAUCAGGCAAGCUGCUGGAAAUUAUAUUGGGAGCUUUUUGGCAAGAGCUAAAUUUAUUCCUCUUAUUACUGUAAAAUCAUGCCUCGACCUUUUGGUUAACUGGUUGCACAUAUACCUCAAUAACCAGGAUUCAGGAACAAAGGCCUUUUGUGACGUUGCUCUCCAUGGACCAUUCUAUUCAGCCUGCCAAGCUGUGUUCUACACUUUUGUUUUUAGACACAAGCAGCUUUUAAGUGGAAACCUGAAAGAAGGUUUGAGGUAUCUUCAAAGUCUCAAUUUUGAACGAAUAGUAAUGAGUCAGCUAAACCCUCUGAAGAUUUGCCUGCCGUCGGUGGUUAACUUUUUUGCUGCGAUCACAAAUAAAUACCAGCUGGUCUUCUGCUACACCAUCAUUGAGAGGAACAAUCGCCAGAUGCUACCAGUUAUUAGAAGCACAGCAGGAGGGGACUCAGUGCAGACCUGCACAAACCCACUCGACACCUUCUUUCCCUUCGAUCCUUGUGUACUGAAGAGGUCAAAGAAAUUUAUUGAUCCUGUUUAUCAGAUAUGGGAAGACAUUAGUGCUGAGGAGCUUCAGGAGCUUAAGAAACCCAUUAGAAAGGAGAUGGUGGAAGAUGAAGAUGAUGAUUUUUUGAAAGGCGAAGUACCCCAGAAUGAUGCUGUGAUUGGGAUCACACCGAGCUCCUUUGAUGCCCACUUCCGAAGUCCUUCCAGUAGUGUGGGCUCCCCCCCUGUGUUGUACAUGCCAGGCCAGUCCCCUGUCACCUCGAGGAUUUGUGAUUGAGGCGCUCUGCCUUUCCGUGGUGUCCUCUGUGGCAGCCUCGGCGUGCGGGGUCCCCCUGGGCUGGCGCACACGCUGCAGGAUUGCGCUUUCAUGCCAGACUUCCUCCGGCGUCUGAACAGAGGUGGCUGGUUCUGUUUGCUCUCCUCGCAACCAAAAGAUAUCAUGGUGCAAUAUUGUACAGUGGGGUCAGUGAUAAACGGUGGAGACUGCUCGUUAAUGUAACGUGUACAUUUUUUGUGUUGCAGCUUUUUGAUGAAAUUGUUGUAUAAUUUUAUAUCGGCAGUAGCCUAUUUUUAACCAAUAACUUUUAAGUUUUUCUCAGAACCGCAGCCACAGGACUCCAGUGGCCACACUGUUCACUUUGUGCUGUAAUUGUGUUGACCCUGGGACUUGAGAGGUCAGAGAAGAGGGAGAGAGGAAGCGGGCGAUGCCAGAGCUGGGUUGGAAUGCUGAGUUGAGCUGCCACCACAGCAGAUCUCCAGGGACUUCAGAGACCUAGGAAGGCUAGGAGUGGAUUUAGGAAAACAGAAUCAGACGUUUUACUUGUGCAGUGCAGAAAUGGACUUGAGAGAAAAAUGGAGGUUUGGAUAAAUACAAUUCACAUUGAUUGAAAGUGGGCCUGCCCUCUUGUGAGACACAACACGGUAUUGUACACUUUGACUUUUCAGCGUCCCCUCUGCAGCAGCUACACUGAGCUAGUUGUGACCAGCAUCAUUUGGUUAUUUUAGAAUUUUUUUUAUCCAAACAGGAGAGGGUUUUUUCAAUCAGUUUUUGGAGUGGUUUGCUAGCUACAGUAGACCACCCUUACUCCUGCUGCAGAACCCACUGCGGCUGCGCCCAGCCUGGGUUCAGCGCGGAAGCCCUUCCCUAGCAACUUCUAGUUUUAUGUCAGCACUGAGAGGGAGUCUGAAGACGCCGCCUCGGACAGGUCUGCAAGCACGCCAGGUUUGUGUUGAAGCCCCGUGUAUUUCCCUCGUUCCUUACAUGUGUAUUUCUUGGUGUAUGUGAAAAUGGUCAUCUUUAAGCAUAUUUAUUUUUCUGCUACUUCUAUUUAUUUAAAGGCAAGCAAUAUUUUCUUGAUUACAAAUAUUUUGUAAUGAAGUACUUCCUUUUUCCUAGGGCUUUAUAUGCUCUUGUAUAAUUAAUUACAUUGAUGGCAAUGUAGAGUUUGAAUUUCUGUCUGUAAAUAUCUUUUUAGAGAAAAGAUUUUUAUUGCUUUAAAAAGUUUUGGAUAUUGGUGAUUUUAUUUUGGUGACUUGGUGGAAAAUUGUUUGAGAACCUUAAGGUUCUCUUUUUUUUAAACUGCUGACAAGAAGGUAGAUUUUUGUAUACUGGAUAAAAUGAGGAAAUGGAAUUGUAUCACAGAAAUUUAUGGGGAGUGGGAUCUUAGUGGUUCGGGAAGUAGUUAUAAUCUAGUAGGAUAUAUUUACAAAUAAGUCUGUUUAGUAUCAAAGGGGUUUGAGAAAAAAAUCCAUUGUGAAAAUAAAACAAUUACAUGGUUAUUCUGGAACAUUCUUAUGUCAAUAAAGGGGAGGGUACCUUAAUAAAAAGACUUCUCACAUA